AUGGAUCCCAAGUGCUCAUAUCCUGAAGUGCACGUACUCCGUGAUAUUGAUGAGUAUCCCGACCCAGGACGCUACGUCUCCCAGCACGAAUUCCAUCACCGCUUUGUCGACAAGGCCAACUUUCGCCAGCAGAUUGACAAUGCGGUGGCCGAAGGCUUCGAUUUCAUCUUCAACUUCCUCUGGGGAGCGCCAGAAGAUGAAGUAGCCGGGGUCGCAGCCAUUGAAUAUCUUGAGAGUCUCAAUGUUCCUUUUAUUGGCUUCAGAAGCCAUAUACAGAUGAAGAGCAAGACAGAGUUCUAUGAGACUGCGCGGAAGAGAGGAAGCCCCCCUGUCCCUGGCAACAACAUGAACUCGUUUCCAGUGAUUGUCAAGGCUGCAAGAACCUGCGCGAGCCAAUUCAUGAAUGAGAAGAGCCUCUGCCGCACAGGGGCGGAACGAGACGCAGCCAUUGCAGAACUCAAUCGGCAGCUGGAGCCAGGCCGUGCGAGAAGAGAAGCCCUGAAACCCUCGAGCGAGGAUGCCAUCGUUUACAUUCCUCGUGAGGGCGAGCAUGUCUCUGUUGACAAUCUUCCCGACGAUAUCAUCGUGCAAGAGUUUGUACCUGGCAUAGAUUACGAUGUGGUUGUCAUUGAGUUUGGGGAGACACCAAUUGCCCUAAAUCCAAUAUACUACACAUAUCCCAGCGGUGAUGUAUUAUCUCCCGACCGCUUCCUGACAUUCGACAUCAAGUUCCAUCCGGAGCUUUAUGGGACCCAGAUCAAUCGAGAUGACGACCCUCAGCUCUAUGAUACUCUGCAGCAACUCGCUGUAGAGGCCUUCACUGUUAAUGGGAAUAAAGGUGGCUCGUGGGGCAGCGUGGACAUCAGAAUUAAACCAGAUGGAAGCCCAGUGGUCAUCGAAGUCAACCCCAUGCCUGGGAUAUUCCUGCCUGAGAAGAUGGACCCCAAGGAAGAAGUCAUUCUAGACAGCCUGCCUGGCGCGCAUCGCGCACUGCUGAACAUUGUUUUCGCUUCAUAUAUGAAGCAGGCAGAGCAGAAUGGCCAAUCACCUCUGUGCAAAAUCAGCGAAGCGUGGGAUAUGAUUGCUCCCGGAUAUGAGAACCAUAAGCUCACACACAGCCCCGCAGAAGGCGAGUUCGCCAAUCUGUUGAGCAAAUACAACUUCAACGGAAGCCUGCUGGACCUUGCCUGUGGCACAGGCAUUUUUGGUCGAAUGAUCCGCGAAAAGCAUGCCUCCGAGUCCCAAGGCUCAGAAACCAAGAAGGCUCGGCAUGUGGGAAUCGACAUCUCGCCCGAAAUGGCUCGGCUUGCGAAGGAAGCCGGGUAUGACGAUGUCAUUAUUGGGCCAGUCCAGGAGUGUCUGCCGAGAAUGUCUGAGCAGUUCGACCACGUUAUGUAUCAUCAGGCCAUUAACUUCCUCACCACCUACGAGGUUUCUCUAGUCCUAGCGCGAUGCUUCAUGCUCGCACAAAAGUCCGUGACUAUUGGUGUAGAUGAGAUUCCAGAUGAGCAGAAUGAGAGGAUCAAGAUGCUGCCGCCCCCAAUGAACUCAUUGUUGGGCAUCAACCAUCUGCAGGAAGUACAGGAGUUUGGAGUGCCUAAGGGCUGGGAGCUGCACUCGAGGGAGAGGUAUUUUGGUUGGAAGAGCCCAAGCACUGGCGUCGAGGUGUAUACAACACUGUUUCGCUUUACAAAACUCAAUUAA